AUGAGUUUCAGAUUCGAGGGCCCAGAGCAUCAGAAAAUUGGCGAUGGCAUUUUGCUGCGACUUCCCGACGGAAACAUCAGCGGUGGCCAAUUUUCCUAUCAAGUGGGGAAAAACGUCGAGCUCUCCUUCGGCCAAAUCGUGUCCUUGGCCGGCGAUUUCUAUGGAAACAGCAAGACCACCGGCGAUGCCGAGCAGAUCAGCGAUCAGUGGGACACCAAUCGCGAGGCGAGCAUCUCCCGUUUCCUUGGAAACGCAGACCUUCUUCGGCUAGACACGGCCGGCUAUCUUGAGCCAGUUCUUGCCAUCUUGAUGGCCCAGGAGCGUGAGAUCUCAAACAUGCUGAGGGAAGGGAGGGAUCCUGCUCAGUCAUACAAAAGCAUCGCCGACAAAUUCAAUAAGCUGUGGGCUCGAUGCACCGGUAUGCAGUACCUAUGGCUCUCACUGUGCAACUGGGAUCACUUUGGCGAAGACGCCGUCAAAGCUUACAAAGCUGGCCACGUGGCCGCGUUGCGCCAGGCAAAGACGGCCCACAAUACGCGAAGCAUUGUCGACUUGAGACAUGCAUACUUCCUUGAGGCUUUUGCUGCCCACUUCCUCACCGAUCUCUUCUCUUCAGGACACUUGAGGACCCCACGACGUGCCUUACAUUACACUUAUUUUCCUUUCCAGUCCGAGGACAGCUCCGGCAUGCAGCCCGACGCAAUGUCCGGCCUACCGUCAGACGAGAUAUCCGACAUGCAAUCCGACGAUAUCUCCGAGCAGCUGAAGAUCCCAUGGCCAACGUUUUGGCCAGCUGAUCAAUGCGCACAGGCGAUGCACGACGAGGACUGUGCAAGCGGUCUCUGGGCCAAAAGCUUGCACGGGCAUUGCUGGCCGACGUACGGUGACAAGCAGCUGGUCUCGACCAAGGGUAACCUUAGCUUCGACGCCGCUCUUGACGCGGUGCAGGCUGGAGCUCACGAGAUCUACAAGAUGUAUGAGGACGGCAAAGACCGCGACAUCUCCCACUUUGCGGCUCUCAGCAUGAUUCCAGACCUGACCAGCCUCGAUUCCGCAAACUUUUUCCCCCUGUUUAAAGUGAGCGAUGACGGCAAGACUCUGUCGUUCAGAGCAAGCCUGGAUGAGCGAGGCGUCCCCACCUAUGAGGACUAUCCCCUUCCCAAGGCACCAUUCCAGAGGCUCCUCAAUCGCAUCAAGGAAUCGGGUCAGCACCAGCAUCAGCUACCACUUAGUCUCCCAUUGCUCUCGCCCUCUUCACUUCUGCACUUCCGGCACGUCUCCGACACGCAACUAGCCAUUUCCAAGUAUGGUCAAACCUUUUCGCGCAGCGCAGUGAGUAAAGGCGCGAAGGUGGAAUCUUGGAACAUGGUUUCGCAGCAAAUGGUUGAGAUACCCAACCCGGAGGGGAGGCUGACAUGGCUCGCCACCUCCAAAAUCGACAGCGAUAUCUACUUCCUUGUCGGAAAGGUGGACAGGCAAAGAGCAACAGGCCAACUUGCGUACCACCUGGGGCUACGCAUAACCGACAGCGGCGUUGAACAGGUGUCGUUCCAUGACUCGGAGGACGCCAAUGAGUCAUGGCUGGCUGGAGACAUUCACUACGGGAGGCUCUGCGCUGGUAGCGACACGCUUUCCAUGGUGAAGUUUUGGUAUAGGCAAAGCACCCCGUGGAAGCCGAAAUUUGAGCUUUGGACCUUCGACCAAGGUGUCGAGGAGCCACCGACAAGGCGCUCCGUGGCGUGGCCGAACCCACCUUCUUCUGCGCCGUAUGCCUCAUUCUGCACCAAAUUGGAACCAAUGGAUGCAUCCGAGACAUAUGUCACGUGCUCUGUCAGCGACGCGAAGACUGUGUGGACAUUUACGAGCUUCAGCGACAACUACAGAACUCCGAACUCGCAGACGUUUGAAGAAGAUAUCGGCGAGAGGGCCCAGCGCAUCUUGCCACUACCUACCCGCCACGCCGGCCCGCACCGAUUCGUCCGCCUCUUUUACGGCCAGAACUCAGGUACGUACUGUACAUCCAACCCAACACACCCCACCCCACCCACACGAGCCAUCCAACUCACAACCACAGCAGACACCAUCAGACUAGACGUCCUCUCGCUCCAAAACCACCAACCCGUAACCGACACGACCAUCCACCUCCCAGCCGCCGGGUCCGCCACACCAGAAGCGCACUACCUAACCUGGUUCCUCGCCGACGUCAACCGCAACGGGCACCCCGACCUCGUCAGCCUCGUGCGCGCCCCCGACGGGCAAUUGACGGUCCUCGCCGUCCCCGGCGCGGCGCCGCCGCGCUUCUUCGAGCGCACCGUCUCCCGCAGCCCCAUCGGCGCCUCGGACAAGGGAUCCGAGCUGACCGCCGCCUUCAUGCGCCCCGUCGCCGCCUUCCCCGCCCGCUACCGAUUCCCCCGCUCGGGCGAGGAGACGUCCGCUGCCGUCCUGUCGCUGUUUGAUAACUAUGGCGUCUUGGGCGUGCGCGUCGUCAGGCCUUCGGCGCCGGCGGGCUCGUUGGCGUAUGAGAUUGGUGGGCAGAUUCCGGCUGUGGCGGGUCAGCUGGCGAGGGGCUUGGGGUGGGAUGAGAGGAGUUAUAGGCCUGGGAGGGCGCCGGUUGGGCUGUUUGUUGAGUAG